AGUUCGAAAAGAGGAGUGGACGGACUCGGAGGCAUUUGAUUUCCUGGGUCCAUUCCCACCAUUAGUCAAAACCACUCCAAUUCUUUUGGCAUCCAUCCAACAAGAAGAGCAACUUGCACUAUUAGGCUCUUCAUUGCAAUUAGAAAAUCGGGCACUAGUUUCAGUUGUUGAUCUUGUGUUUCUUACAUGAUGGCGGCUUCAUCUUCAUCUGGUGCUCGUUGCAAGUAUGAUGUGUUCCUCAGUUUUAGAGGGGCAGACACCCGCAAGAUCUUCGUCGGCCAUCUUUACAGAGCUCUGAAACAGAAAACAAUCAACACCUUCAUCGAUUCUGAAGAGCUCAGUAAAGGAAACAAGAUUUCGGAGCUACUCACAGCUAUUGAGGACUCGAGGAUUUCGAUUGUAGUUUUAUCUCAAAAGUAUGCAUCUUCCACUUGGUGCUUAAAAGAGCUCGUCAAAAUCCUGGAUUGCAUGGAUACGAAGAAGCAGAUAGUGGUGCCUAUCUUCUACGAAGUAGAUCCCUCUCAUCUACGGAAAAUCAAUGGAAAAUUUGCUGAAGCUUUUGCCAAACAUGGAGAGAAUUCUAACCUCGACAACGAAGAGUUGGAAAGCUGGAGGUCCGCUGUAAAUAGACUCGCGGAUCUAUCUGGCUGGGAUUCGACCAAAUAUGAGGAUGACGGCAAGCUUGUUGAGGAAAUUGUUGAAAAUACUUUAAAAAAACUGAUCCACACUUCGUCCAAUAAAGCUGAUGGCUUGGUUGGAAUGGAUUCCCACAUUACAGAAAUGAAUUCAAGAUUAUGUCUUCAGGUGAAUGAUGUUCGUGUUGUUGGAAUAUGGGGUAUGGGCGGUUUAGGAAAAACAACCAUUGCUAGAGCUGUUUUUGACGAAAUUGCUUGCCAAUUUGAACACUCCUGCUUUCUUGAUAAUGUCAAAGAAGCUUUUAUAAACAAGCGUGAAGUACAAAUGCAGGAAGCACUUAUAUCUAUAUUGCUGAAGGAAAUGGUGCAGAGUCUGGGUUUGAACAGAGGUUGGAAUAUGAUAAAGGAAAGGCUAGGUUUGAAAAAAGUCUUGGUUGUUCUUGAUGAUGUGGAAACUUUUGCCCAAAUAGAAGCCUUGCUUGGAAAACUACAUGCAUUUGGUGAGGGAAGUAGGCUCAUUGUAACGACUAGAAAUAAGCAAUCACUAAGUGGAGUUAAUGAGACGUUCAAGCCAUCGUAUUUAAGGGAUGAUGAAGCUCUCGAGCUGUUUCGGAAAUAUGCUUUCAGAACAAAUCAACCCAACAGAGACUACGAUGAUCUAUCAAGGCGUGCCAUAGAAUAUGCUCAAGGUUUGCCUUUAGCACUUAAAGUCUUGGGGGCAUUUCUUGAUAACAGAAGUGUGUGUGAAUGGGAAGUCGUGUUGGAGAAAUUGAAGAAAAUCCCACACAUAGAAAUUCAGGAUGUGCUUAGAACAAGCUUUGAUGGACUAGACGAUUCAGAGAAAAACAUAUUCCUAGAUAUUGCAUGUGUCUUUAGAAAAUGGCGCACAAAUUUUGUAACGGAAUUACUGGACAGUUUUGGCUUCUUUCCCCACAAUGGAUUAAGAGUUCUAGUUGACAGAGCUCUCAUAACUUCGUCAAAUUACAGAGUCGACAUGCAUGAUUUAAUUCAAGAAAUGGGUAGAGAAAUCGUCCGCCUAGAAUCUACUAAAAAACCUGGGAAGCGUAGCAGGUUGUGGAGUUAUAAAGAUGUUAAUCACGUGUUGACUCAAAAUACGGCUACGGAUGCAAUUGAAUGCUUAAUGCUAGACUUGUCGAACUCAAAAGUUGACCUAAGCAUAAAUGCUGAGGCCUUUGUAAGGAUGACGAAGCUAAGACUGCUAAUAAUCUGUUAUUCAUUCCACGUAUACCUUAUUCCAUAUAGCGAGUGCCGCAAGAAUAUAUGCCCAGUAGGUGGCUGUAAACAACUCUUGAGCGGGGACUUCGAGUUUCUUUCCCAUGAAUUGAGGUUUCUCUUAUGGCAUGGAUGCCCGGUAAAGUGUUUGCCAUCAACUUUUAUCCCGAAGAAUCUUGUUCACCUUGACAUGCGUGGUAGUCACAUUCGAGAACUUUGGGAAGGAAUCAAGCCCCUACAAAAUCUGAGAGUCAUCAAGUUAAGUCACUGUCGAUACCUUGUCAAAAUCCCCGACUUAACUGAGGCGAUAAAUCUUGAGACACUACUUCUUGAUGGCUGUUCAAGUUUAUUUGAGGUUCAUUCAUCCAUUUCUGCUCUUCAAAACCUUCAUUCAUUGGAUCUUACCGGGUGCAAAAAACUCAAGAUUCUCCCAAAGAGAAUUCAUAUGAAAUCUCUACAGACCUUUUGUCUUUCGGGCUGCUCAAAUCUUGAAAAGUUUCCGGAGAUUUCAGGAAUCAUGAAGGAGCUAUCAAUGCUUCGUUUAGAUGGGACCGCAAUUAAAGGACUGCCCUCAUCAAUCGACCUGCUUCUGAGGAUUAAAAAAUUAAGUGUGCGGAACUGCAAAAGCCUUGAAUUUCUUCCCGACAGUAUCUGUAAUUUGGCAAAGCUUACACAUCUGAAUCUGUCUGGGUGCUCAGUACUUCAUUACUUGCCUGAGAAAUUGGGGGACUUAGAAUCCUUAGAGGUCCUCGAUGUAAGAUAUAGUGGUAUAAAACAACUUCCAUUCUCUGUCCUACGUUUGGGAAAGCUUAAAGGUGGAUUAUCAUGUAUUGGAUGUAAAAAGAUGACGGCACCCUUGUCAGCCUGGCCAACAUCAAUCGAAGAAUAUUGUAGUUACUCUGUUCUGCUACGUGCCUACGUCUUGAUUUAAGUGACUGCAAUCUGUUGCAGUUAUCGGAUGGUAUUGCUCAUUUAUAUUCUUUGAAAACAUUAAAGCUGUGCAGAAACAAUUUGGAGAGCUUACCUGUGACAAUGAAUCGACUUCGUUGUCUAACGCAUCUUGAAUUGGAAGCUUGUAAGCGACUGAAGUCGGUACCUGAGCUUUCAUCGAGUGUAAUACGCAUAGAUGCACAUGAUUGCACAGCUCUGGAAACAGUUUCAAGACGAAAGACUGAUCCAGUAUGUAGAAUUCUAGACUUCAGGUUUUCUAAUUGCUUCCGGCUUCAAGCAAAUUUGUUUAUAGAUAUUGUUGAGACUGAGACUUAUUCUCUCGACCAGGACAGUCAUCUGCGACCUCUGUGGUUCCACAUGUGGCUUCCUGGAAGUGAAGUUCCAGAAUGGUUCAACCUUCGGGAUACAGGAUGUUCAGAAACUUUUCGGAAGACAGGAUGUUCAGCAACUUUCCAAGCACCACUGAAUGGUUUCAAUAACAAGCUUUUAGGAUUUGCUAUAUGCAUUGUUAUUAAAUUCAAUGGUGCUCGUCAUGAUGUAUCUGAUAUGUAUGGAAGAUGUUAUUGGACCUCAAAAGGAAAGCAUGGUGAGUACUUCUUCGAAUUUGAUUUGCUCGGCCGGCAGUUCGGAAUUUACAGUAUAGAGUCAGAUCACCUGUUCAUGGCAUAUUUGCCAUGGUCUGGAUAUGGCAGGAUUUCACAAGAUAGAUUAGAUGCAUUUAAGAUUGUAGUAGAAACUGGAACUUAUUCUCCGACAGAAGAUUGGUUUACUAGUGUCUGCGGUGUUCGUUUAGUUUAUGCUCACGACGAGAUGCAAAAUAGCGUGACACAGCCCAUAAUUCAUGUGGAUGGCCAGACAAUGGAGGAUGCGGUGCAGCAGGGGGAGGGGUGCUGUGCUAUAGGAAGGGUGACGGGGCUUGGCGCACCUUUCUUUACGGACCCGUUGGAAAUAAGAAAGAGUGAAACAGAGUUGGAGGCAGAGUCAUCGGAGUCGCGCGAGGGGAGAGGCACGUGCCAGAUAUUGGAGCUGUUACCAGAGCCGCAGACUGAGAGAAAAGAAGAGGAGGAUGGGGAGGGGUGUCAUGUGUUAGGGUCGACAUUCUCUUUGAGAAAGAGAGAAACAGAGAGAGAAGGAGACAGAGUCACCAGAGUCUCUGACGAGGGAGAGAUAUCGGAGUUGGGCAGCCACAGUGGUCUGGUGGUGCCAAAUUCACAGAGUGAGGCCAAAGAAGAGAAAGAAUUGAUGGGGGAGGAGUCGUUGGAGAGGGUUGUUAUGGCCGCUGUGCAGCUGCUUUUACUGGCUGGGUGAAGUAUGGCGUGGAAAUAUAGAGAAGUGGCAGAAGCAGAGGACUUUGGCUUGCAUGAAGGGAAAAAAGAUUAGUUGAAGAGUUGACAGUAGUGAUCCAAGAGUUUUCUUCUGAGGAUUGUUCGGGCAAAAAUUUCAGCACUUGAUGUUACUAUCAUGAGGAUUGUUGAAAAUAUCACCAUGAUUUUCCCUCAGUAGUGUAAAUCUGAGCGUUUGAACUAAUUAAAAGUGAGGAGAACAUAUGAAGUUAGCAACAAAUUUGAGGCGGAAAACCUCAAUAACCCUCGUGUUCUCUCUAAUGACCUGUCUCUCUGCACAGAGAAUAUAAAGAGGAAAUCAGGAAACGAAAAGGGAGUCUGGCAACGUGUCAAUGGUACAAUGUUAUCAAAGGUGAUCACAUCUGACAACCAGUGAUAACAUUUGAAUCUCGCCUUUCCAUCACAGAAAGGGAGAAUCAAAUCAAGUUGAGUAAUUGAUGCCAGCUAACAGUGGCAUUUGGGUAGCUAGAACAUGUGCCUGUCAUCCAAACCAUUUUCUCCUCUAAAAACAACCACGCAGCUGCAAUACUACUCUGCUGCCUCAAGUUGGUUCAGAGAAGUUUUGAUGAUGAUGUGUGUCGUAUUCCACUGUAGUCUGAAAUGAUAAUAAUUGACAUGUGGAUCUGCAAGCAUUUUAUGUCAUGAAUGUUACUUGUGGGAGAAGAAAAACACGGUUAGUCUGGACAAGUCUAUAAGGUUAAAAUGUUCUGUAAAUUAGUAUGUAAUAGCUUUAUAAUUUGCUUUAAUUUCUAGGACUCUUAACGCAUUGCCAUUGUGGCUUUUUGUUCUUGGUUUAAAGACUUAGGGCUACUACUUGGUUUGGUAAUUACCAAACCAACAGAAUACCAACCGAUACUUUAGGUUUGGUAAACCCACUUUUUGGUAACCGAGACCGAUAAAACUGAAA